UUAAGGCCAAAACCCCAUAAAACUCAAAACUUUCUCAAUCUUUCUCCAGUCUCAACGUCUUUCCUCAACAAUCUCUCCCAUUCAAUCCCAUCUUCGCAUGCUUAAAGAAGCCCUCAAAUUCUUGGCUCACCUCCGACGAAUCUCCCGCUUUCCCACCCCUUUUACCUGCAACAAGCUUCUGCACUCUCUCAUCAACUCCGGCUGCGGCGACCUCUCCGCCAAAUUGCUUUUCCACUUCCUCUCCAAUAGGUAUACUCCUCAUCCAUCUUCUUUCAAUUCCAUCAUCUCCUUUUUCUGUAGAUUAGGGAAUGUGAAAUUUGCCGAACAGAUUUUGAAUUCAAUGCCCACGUUUGGGUGCUCCCCUGAUAUUGUGUCCUACAAUUCUUUGUUAGAUGGGUAUUGUGCGAGUUAUCAAAUUCAGAAAGCUUGUUUUCUUGUGGAUCGAGUUCGUGGGUGUGAGUUGAAUAGGCCUGAUUUGGUUAUGUUUAAUAUAUUGUUUAAUGGGUUGGCUAAGGUUUAUAUGAAGAAUGAGGCAUUUAUGUAUCUGGGUUUGAUGUGGAAAUACUGUUUGCCUAGUGUUGUUACUUAUGGUACAUUUGUUGAUAUGUUUUGUAAGAUGGGGGAUAUGGAGAUGGGUAACAGAAUGUUUUUGGAUAUGAUGAAGGUUGGUGUUAUGCCUAAUUUGGUUGUUUUCAGCUCCUUGAUUGAUGGCUAUUGCAAGGCUGGGAGUUUGGAUGUUGCAUUUGAAUACUUUGAGAGGAUGGAGGAAUGUUCGGUUCGGCCGAAUGAGUUCACUUAUUCGAUAUUGAUUGAUGGUUGCUGCAAGCAUGGGAUGUUGGAAAGAGCUGACUCUUUGUUUGAAAAGAUGUUGAGUGCUGGUAUUUUACCUAAUUGUACUGUUUACACUUCAAUAAUAGAUGGUCAUUUUAAGAAGGGAAAUGUAGAUGAUGUGAUAAAGUAUAUAAAUGGGAUGUUUGAUCGAGAGAUAAAGCUAGAUUUAACAGCGUAUACAGUAAUUAUCUCAGGCUUUCAUAGAGUUGGUAGGUUGGAUAAAUCAAUGGAAGCUGCAGAAUAUGUGGUGAAGAAUGGAUUACUUCCUGAUAGGAUAAUAUUGACAGCUAUUAUGGAUGUGCAUUUCAAAGCUGGAAACGUAAAAGAAGCUUUGAAUGCAUACAAAAUAUUACUCUCGAAGGGUUUUGAGCCUGAUGUCGUGACUCAUUCCGCCCUAAUAGAUGGCCUAUGCAAGCAUGGGUAUUUGCAGGAGGCUAGACGGUAUUUGGUCAAAGAAAAGGCCAAUGAAAUUCUAUAUACAGUGUUUAUAGAUGCACUCUGCAAGGAGGGUAAUUUAGAUGAAGCUGAGAGAACCAUUAAGGAGAUGUCUGAGGCAGGGUUUGUUCUAGAUAAAUAUGUGUACACUUCUUGGAUUGCUGAACUUUGCAAACAAGGAAAUUUGCUGAAGGCUUUUAUGGUCAAGAAAAGGAUGGUUCAAGAGCACAUUGAACCUGAUUUAUUAACUUAUAGCUCCCUCAUUGGUGGUUUGGCUGAGAAGGGACUAAUGAUAGAAGCCAAACAGGUUUUUGAUGACAUGGUAAAUAAAGGAAUCACUCCAGAUUCUGUUUCUUAUGACAUCCUUAUAAGAGGGUAUCAUAAUCAGGGUAAUGGAGCUGCGAUUUCAGGUCUACAUGACGAAAUGAGAAAGAGAGGAAUCACUAUUGAAGAUUAGUUCACCAAAUAUUGAAGCCUGGUCUUGUUCUUCAAUUUAUACAGGAACCUUCCAUACAGGAAGCCGUGAUGUAUGGGAUUGAUGUCCGAUUAUUGAUCGUGAUUUUGGAGACUAUGAGGGAUAUUUCAGACGGUAAUGAAAAUAUAUAGAGAGAGAGAAAGAUUCAAAGGCAUAUUCCUCCAUAUAUUCCUUUUCUUAUCACAGGUUUUGAAAGCUCCCAAAUGUUCAAAUUACGACGAUCACUUGUGGGUUAUCAACAUUAGAUUUCAUUUUGUGCUUCUCAUGAUACUGACUAGUUGCAACAUAAGAUCUGAGAAUAGUGCAUAGGAUUGCUUGAGAUGCCACCUGAAAGAUUGCUUGUAGUGUUGAAGAAUUUCAAGUCAUUGGCUGAAAGGUAUAUAUCAAUUCUUGCAAGCCAGAGCUUUUUAUAUGUUUUAUUUAUAACACUGAAGGUUGUAAUAAACCAAAAUAAACACACAUUAAUAUUGCUGCAUAUGAGGAAGCUCACAUCAGAAACAGAAAUAGGCUACUGUAUAAUCAAUCACUUCCUGCACGUGAUGAAUAUGAUUACUUUGAUUACAUUGAUUAUGUAUUGUAAAAUUUUCCAAUCCGAUUAUAAGGAUGGGCUUCGUUUUGGUCUA